CGGAGAGCAGCCGCCACCGCCGCCGCGGUGCAGCUACAUUCCCCCCCCCUAUUCCCCCCCUCCCUCCCCGAGCCCGGGGUCUCCUCCCUUCAUCAGGCCCAGGUCCCCGGGUGCUGCCGCAGCGGCGGUGUCUUUCCUGGCUCCCCCACGGGAAGCGUCGCCCGGGGCCCCGUGAGCUCUUUCUGCCCCACAGGAUGGGCACGGUGCUGUCUCUGUCGCCUGCCUCCUCGGCCAAGGGUCGGCGGCCAGGCGGGCUGCCCGACGAGAAGAAGAAGCCGCAGCAGUCCGCGGGGGAGGAGUCACUGGGAGGCUACGGGCAGCUGCCGUCGGGGAAAGCAGGCAAGGGAGAGAGCCGGCUGAAGCGGCCGUCAGUUCUCAUCUCGGCUCUCACCUGGAAGCGACUGGUGGCCGCAUCAGCCAAGAAGAAGAAGGGCAGCAAGAAGGUGACGCCCAAGCCCUCCCAGGCGGGCCCAGACUUACUAGUCCAACAGCGCAACCGAGAGAACCUUCUCCGCAAGGGCCGGGAACCCCCAGAUGGCGGCGGCGCCGCCAAGCCCCUGCCUGUGCCCGUGCCCACAGUGCCCACCACAGUCGAGCCGUCCUCCGGAGUCAGCGCCUCGGCCCCGCCAGGCUCCGGAGGGGGAGGAGGGAAGCCGCCGCCGCCACCACCAUCUGCGGCGGCCCCCCAGGCUCCCUCAGUCCCUGGGGGUUCCCCCCGACGGGUCAUUGUGCAGGCCUCCACCGGCGAGCUGCUACGCUGCCUGGGCGACUUUGUGUGUCGGCGCUGCUACCGGCUGAAGGAGCUGAGCCCGGGAGAGUUGGUGGGCUGGUUCCGAGGGGUGGACCGGUCCCUUCUGCUGCAGGGGUGGCAAGACCAGGCAUUCAUCACCCCGGCCAACCUGGUGUUCGUGUAUCUGCUGUGCCGGGAGGCGCUGCGCGGGGACGAGCUGGGCUCGGCCGCUGAGCUGCAGGCCGCCUUCCUCACCUGCCUCUACCUCGCCUAUUCCUACAUGGGGAACGAGAUAUCCUACCCGCUCAAACCUUUCCUAGUGGAGCCAGACAAGGAGCGCUUCUGGCAACGUUGCCUGCGGCUCAUCCAGAGGCUAAGCGCGCAGAUGCUGCGGCUCAAUGCCGAUCCCCACUUCUUCACCCAGGUCUUCCAGGACCUCAAGAACGAGGGCGAGGUCGGUAUGGGGGCUGGGGGUCCCACGGGCGGUGGCGCUACCAACGCCAGGGACAGCAACGCCGGAGCCAAGCACUGGACUAUGAAUCUGGACCGCUAGGAGGCGAUGCUGCUGCCGCCACCGCCAAGGGGCACCUGGGUCGGAGACAGGGGAUGACCGGGUCCCCUCCCCCCUACCCCGGACACGUACACGGAGCCCCUGGGACGCCGCCGCCGCUGUUGCUGCUGUUGCUGCUUCUCCACCCAACCGCCCCCCCUCCACUGAGGAGAUGCUACCACCCAUCGGAGUAUGGCGGACGGGACACCUGGGUCCUGCUGGUCUCGGAUUUGCGGGGAGGGGGGAGCUGAGCCGUGGGAGGGGAAGAGGAAGAGUGGGGAAGAGUAAAUGGGAGAGGGGAAUGGAUUCUCUUCUUCUGCCUGUGGGUGUCUCCAUCUCUUUCUCUGCCCAGCUCUCCUCAUGACCGUAUACGUGUCUCUGUCUCUCUCCAUUUCUCCUCUUACCUGUAUGCUUUAGUCUCUUCCCUUCUCUCUCGUCUAUUUGAGGGUGUCUCUGUCCAUUUCUCCUUCUGUCUGUAUGAGCGCCUGUUACCUCUCCUGUCUGUGUCUCUUUUCUCUCCUCCUAUUCGUACCUGUUUGUGUCUGUUCCAUUUCUUCUAUCUGUAUGAGUGCCUGUCUACCUCUCCUGUCUUGUGUCUCUUUUCUCUCCUGUCUGUAUGUGUUUGUCUGUCCAUCUCUCCUUCUGCUUAUAUGUAUCUCUACCCUUUUCUCCUGUCUGUAUGUGUCUCUAUUCAUCUCUCCUCCUGCCUUUUUCUGUCCAUUUCUCCUGUCUGAAAAGAUGCUUGUGUUUUCUCAUCUCUCCUUUUAACUGGAAGUAUGUCUCUGUCCACCUGUCCUGUCUGGGAGUAUAUGUGCCCAUCUGUCCUGCUUGUGUCCAUUUUUCUUUCUCCAUUUCUCCUCUUGUCUCGAUGUGUGUCUCUGUCCAAUUUUCCUCUUUGUGUGUGUGUGUGUGUGUGUGUGUGUGUGUGUGCGUGUGCCCCUCGGUCCUCCUUUUUCUGGAUAUGUGACUGUCCCUGUCUCUGAUUAUUUCUUCUCCUUUUCUCCAUGUGUUUUUCUCUGUCCACCUUUUCUUAUGUCUACGUGAGUCUCUGAUUCUCCAUUUCCCUCCCCCACCCCGUUUCCUCUCCCUUCUUUCUGGAAGAAGAUUGGAUUGACUGGGGUUAGGGGCUGUCUCUCCUGCAGCAGAAAGUUGCGGUCUUAGGAGCUCAAGCACCAGGAUGCCCCUUGUUCUCUCCCCACCUUUUCUGACGCGGUGCAUGCCGGGAGAGGGGGAGGUGCUGCGGGUUGAGGGAGUUUUGGUGGGGGGGUGGGGAGAGAGUCCGCCCUGAGUUUUGAGUAAGGGUGGAUUGGGAGGGGCCCCGGCAUCAGCUCAGCAGAAGGGGGCUAAAAGAAAGAAAACUCAUCUCACUUUAGAAGAGACCUUCUCCCCCCGGCCCCGCCCCGCCCUGGCCCCAAGCUCCCCUUCCCCCCUUUUUUCUUUUUAUUUAUUUGGAUGUUUUCAGGAAGUGAUCCCUGGGGGAGGGAAAGGGAGGGAGAGGGCUGGCGUACCGGGAGCUGUCCAAGGUGCUGAGCCGGGGCCUAGUUCCAUGGGGAGGAGGCCUGAGGCCGUAUUGGGCCUGGGGGCCGUGUCCAACGUGCCAAUGUUGUGGACCGAAGGCGCGGGCUGAACUGUGUGUCUGUCCCUGAGGGAGCUAUAAAGCGCUGGAAGCGCCUGCA